CCCCCUUCUCCCCGCGACUGCGCCGGUGCGCCGGGGCACCGACGGACGAGCCGCACAUCACCGAGACGCUCGCCCCUCCAGUCGGCAAUCCCGCAGCCCGCCGCCAUGGCCCUCAACGUCCCCGGCGUGGCCGUCAUGGUGCUGUUCUACCUGCUGGUGCUCGGCAUCGGCAUCUGGGCCUCGUUCAAGUCCAAGAGGGAAGCCAAGAAGUGCCACGGGGAUAAGACCGAGAUGGCUCUGCUGGGGAACCGGGGCAUCAACCUGGUGGUCGGCAUCUUCACCAUGACAGCUACGUGGGUCGGAGGCGGAUUCAUCGUGGGCACCGCGGAGGCGGUCUACAACCCGUCCAUGGGGCUCAUCUGGGCCGUGAUGCCCAUCGCAGCGACCAUGUGCUUCAUCAUCGGCGGCCUGUUCUUCGCCGAGCCGAUGAGGGACAACAAGUACGUGACCAUGAUGGACCCGUUCCAGAUCAAGUACGGGAAAGUGCCCACGGCCGCGCUGUCCCUGGCCUCGCUCAUAUCGGAGAUCAUGUGGGUGACGGGGACGCUCAUCGGGUUGGGUGUGACUAUGAGCGUGAUCCUGAAUUUGUCCUACAAUGUGAGCAUCUGGAUCUCGGCGGCUGUGGCCAUCACCUACACCCUGAUGGGGGGGCUCUACUCGGUGGCCUACACGGACAUCAUCCAGCUCAUCCUCAUCUUCAUCAGCCUGUGGCUGUGCGUCCCGUUCGCCAUGAUGGGCCCCGCUGUGGUGGACAUCACCGAGACGGCCUACAACUCCACCUUCCAGUCCCCGUGGGUGGGCACCCUGGGGGCCGACAGGGCCUGGAUGUGGAUCGACAACUUCCUGCUUCUGGGUUUGGGGAACCUGGGCCUUCAGAACUUCCACCAGAGGACGCUGUCAGCCGCCUCCUCGUCCACGGCCAAGAUCACCUGCUUCGCCGCCGCGUUCAUCGUCCCCACGCUGGGCAUCCCGCCCAUUCUCAUCGGGGCGGUGGCUGCGUCGACAAACUGGAACAUGACCUCCUACGGCUCUCCGUCGCCGUACGACCGCGGCGAGACGGGCCUCAUCCUGCCCAUCGUGCUGCAGCACCUCACCCCCACCUACGUCUCCAUCAUCGGCAUCGGGGCGGUGGCCGCCGCCGUGAUGUCGUCCACCGACUCCGCCCUGCUGUCCGCCGCCUCCAUCUUCACGGCGAACAUCUACCGGAACAUCUUGAGGCCGCAGGCGUCGGACUCUGAGAUCCAGUGGGUGAUCCGGCUGUCGGUGGUGGUCGUGGGCCUCGCCGGGACGUCCCUCACCUUCCUGGACAACAGCGUCCUGAUGAUCUGGAUGCUGCGGUCGGACCUGACCUACACCCUCAUGCUGCCGCAGCUCGUCUGCGUGCUCUUCUUCGACGUCUCCAACGGCUACGGCGCCGUGCUGGGCUGCUUCGUGGGCCUGCUGCUGCGGGCGCUGUGCGGGGAGCCGCUGAUCGGGCUGGAGCCGCUCCUCAAGUUCCCGGGCUGCGUCCUGGUGAACGGCGUUUGGAUCCAGCGCUCCCCGAUCAGGACCAUUUGCAUGCUCUCCGCCCUGGGCUCCAUCCUGCUCUUCUCCUACCUGGCGUCCGCGCUCUUCGGCAGAGGCCUGAUCCCCGAGCGGUGGGACGUUUUCGAGGUGACGGCCCGGGACUCGAAACAGUCGCAGCGCUGCGACGCCGUCUCGGAGACGAAGGCGGCGAAAGAGCCCAACGAGGACAAUGACGCGUGCGAACCCAUGUUAGAAUCGAGGUGUUGAGUAAGAAGGAUCGCUUAUUUUACUUCUUUUUUUUUACAUUAUGCAUCAGCGAGGACUGGUGCAUGAACAGAUGUUUGCAAUGUGUAACGACAUAGUUUUAACGAUUCAAUAUAUUUUGAUUAUUUUUUUCUUUUGUAUACUUUUAUAUACAACAUUAAUGGAAAAAAAAAACGUCACACCGAUGCUCUUUGUUAUUAUAAGGGCUCAGCUUUGUUUUUCAUCCAUGGGAACAAACAACCCGCUACCUGACUAGUAAAGGUUUCAUAGCUGUUUCACUGCUUUUCCAGCGUUAUUUUACAGAUCAGCUUCUGUCGAUUGGACCAUCGUUUCUUAUGCGGAAGGACUGUUUAAGCCCCUCUCAAAGCUCCAGGAUAUUACACACGAUUCAGUAGGAGUCCGUCAAAGGAAAGGAAAUCUUCUCCCGGCAGAGCUGUGGAACACACAAACGUUGACGUUGGCUUUUAGUACACUUUUUUUUUAGUUUGCACGGUUACCUUGUAAGAAAAUAUCCGAUUUGUUGUUGGCAUGCACUCAAUGUAAAAAGACCUCUGGGAUAAUCUAUGCUUUGAAAGGUAAUUUUAUAUCUGACCCCACAAAAGUCUUCAUUUCACAAGCUUUCCACAGCAAAGUAUUGUUACUAUUUAAACCAAAGUACGACCAGGGGUUAAUUCUGCCGACAUACAGCACCGAGAGAAUGGGGGCAACAACAAGCCAUUAAAGCCAACAGAUUUAAUUACGGUUUACUCAGGGUUGAGCAAAACAGAUUAGAUGGAAGCAAAGGGGAUUUUUAUGUAAUCGUUUCAUUUCAGAAGUUUAAAAUAAACCUUGUUCUCUU